AUGCCCCUCCAAGUAGGAGUCGUCGGGGCAGGUAUCGGCGGACUAAGCGCUGCUAUUGGCCUGAGGCGGGCAGGUGCGGAGGUUGAGAUCUUCGAGCGUUCAACCUUUAAGAAUGAGGUUGGAGCAGCAAUCACUAUUACCCCCAACGGUUCGCGCAUCUUGGACUCAUGGGGAUUCGACCAUGUGAAGGCUCGUGUCGUGGAGGCCAAAAACCUCCGCAUGGUUGAUGCGCACACUCUUGAGUCGGCCUUUGUGGGGGAUCUCAAGGAUGUACACACAAAAUUCGGUGCCAACAUGGGCUUCUACCAUCGAGUAGACCUACAUAAUACUCUGAAGACAAUGGCUGAAAGUCAAGAGGGCCAACCUGGAAAGCCGGUGACGAUCAAGCUCGGGCUCGGCGUGGUAGACGUGGAGUGCGAGGCGGGCACGAUUAUACUUUCCGAUGGAAGCAAGAUCGUCAAAGACCUGGUGGUGCUCGCCGAUGGGAUCAGGUCUCGCUUUGUCAGCAAAGUCACAGGAAAGGAAGAACCUCUGAAGGAGAUGGGCUGGUCUGCCUAUCGAUGUUUGAUUCCCAUGAAGGACAUUCUCUCCGACGAUAGCACACGGCCGAUCUUUGAGAAUCAGCCGGCUGGUUAUUGGACUCCCUUCUACCUUCCCGAUGCUUUCUACAUGGUAGCCUACCCGUGCCGAGCGAAUGAGAUGCUGAACAUCGCGCUGCGGCACACAACACAGCCCAAAGACCGCGACAAGGAAGACUGGAAUUCGCCAGCCUCCCACCAGGAUGUGUUGGAGCUGCUCAAGAACUACAAUCCCCUGAUGGGUGAAAUUAUCAAGAAAGCCCCGGACAUCAAGAUCUACAAGCUCCUUCGGAGGGAGCCGCUCGAGACAUACACCAAGGGGCGCGCUGUGAUUGUCGGCGACGCUGCACAUACCAUCUUACCCACCCACGCACAGGGAGCCGUAAUGGCCAUUGAGGAGGCCGCGGCACUUGAGGUGUUGUUCGACGGCGUUGCAGAUUCCAGUCAAGUGGCCCCAAGACUGCAGCUGUACAGCAGGCUUUUGAAAAAGCACAUUCACGUCAUCCAGCAUCUUAGCGACACGAUCCCAGGAACGAGGGAUGAGUACCGUCAGAGGGCCGAAGAGUUAUGCGACGAAGGCUUGUUCGAUCACUCUGCCAUGAACUUUACUGUGCCUGUGCAGGAUUUCUUCUACGGGUUUGACGUCCGCAAGGAGAUUAUGAGCGGCAUGAAAGAGGCGGACAUGAUAUAG